CAUUAAUAUAAUAAUAGACUAAGUGUCAUAAUUAUCUGUUGAAAAAUAUCCACAAUAGAGGCUAAUUGCCCAAGUGUGUGGUAGAAAUUUUUCUAACUUUUUUUUUUUAUUUUAACAAGACACGAAUAUAAACUAAGUGAGAAGUUAAGAGGGAUAGGCAUGGUCAGUUAACGCAUAAUGUCGGCUUGCACAAAAUCUCAACGCAUGCAAUUAAGUUAGACAGAUAAGGAAGUAAAAAAUAAAUAUACAUAUAUAUAUUUUUUAGGACAACAGUGCUAAGUGAUACGAGAAAAUUCGACUGUGUUCUAUCUUAAUUUCAAUGAAAGUGGGAGUUUAUUAUUAUCAUUAUUGUUAUUAUUACAACUGCUACUACGGCUAUUAUCAUAAUUGAUACAGAUAUAACACAAGUAUAUAAAAUAAGAUUUUAUCAUUAUUAUUUAUAUUUUCGUUACUUUCUGGUGCGUACUGCUGUACCAAGUACGUGUGAAAAACAAUAAUUAUAGACGUACGUAAUAGUGAAUAAAAGUGUUACGUAUAUAAUUAGUAACGUCAGUUUAAAAUAAUUGGGGUUGGUCUGUAGAAAAUAAAAAAAAAAGAUUAUUUAAGUUUCUAUAUGUGGACCGAAGCAGGCGGCAAGAGUAAAGGUUUGCACGUAGAGGACAGAUCGAAGGGCAGAUUGAGCUUGCGGUAAGCAGCAUGCCUGCCAAAGGAAAACAUCAUCACUUGACUCAUCAUCAGCAUCACCAGCAGCAGCAGCAACAACAGCAGCAGCAGCAACAACAACAACAACAGCAGCAGCAGCAACAGCAGCAUCUGGUUAAUGUUAAUCAAUCAGGAAUUCCUGGUAAUCCCCAGCCUUACAACGCGGUUGUUGCCACACCAAGAGGAUACGUUUCACAUGCCGGUUCAGAUUUUCAUGUACCCGGACAAAAUUACGGCGCCCAGCCAGGGGGGCAGGUGGGAGGUGGUGGCGGUAGUAUAGGAGUGUCAGGUGGCAGAGGACCACCUUCUCUUAAUAUCCAGACUAUAGGUCAAACAACCCAGGGAAUACAGUCGGGUAGUGGACCUGCUGGAGGUCAACAACAGUCAAAUCAAGCUCCCACAUCUGGGGUACAACAGCAACAAACUCAGGGCCAAGCUCCAACCUCGACACCGCUUGUUCACACCCCUUCACCUCAAGAAAUGGGAAAACAAAUUCACCAUCAGACGCAAGCAGCUUCUUUACAGCAGUCUUACGUUCCUAAUCAAACGAGAACGGUUCCACAGGCUUUCUAUCCUAUGGGAGCAAGGCAAAUGCAGUCAAGAGGUGGUCCAGGUCAUAGAAAUAAUCAAGGUGGAGGAGUAACUCACGUUAUAGGGAUGCAAAGUACACCCGGAGCUGGUGGUCAGCCACCUGCAAUGUUUCAGGCACAUCAUACGAAUAUCAAUGUACCUGGAGCACAAACUAUUUAUAUUCCAAGUCAAGUCCCCAACAUGCAUCCUGGACAGCAUCAGCCAUCUUUGUAUUCAGUAAGCAGUCAAAUGACUCAAAUUCCCUACCCUCAGCAACACCGACAUCCAACGCAUGGGGGUCAACAUUUCGUCAGCUAUCAUCAAGGACACACAAUUCUACCACAGAGUAUGUAUUCAUUUCAACCAGGACCCGCAACACAACCCUUCGCAACAUUACCGCCGACAUAUACUAAUACUAUUUGUUUUCCCGCUCACCCACCAAACGCUUUAAUGAAUUCUACUAGAGCGAAUAAUAACACCAUUAGUGGAGGUCAACAUGUAAGCCCGCUGGCCGGUGCUCAAGCAACGACGUCUGUACCACAAGGUACUCUACAACAGACUACCCCUCAGCCACAGACGUUACCUCCAAUGGCGUUACCUUUAUCUCAACCAGCUUAUCCUGGACACAAUGCAGCUACUGCUAACUCCUUGAAUAAUUCCUAUCAAAAACCUGCAACGAGGCCGAAAGCUAUAAUGGAUAUUGUAAAUCCAGCUACGGGUGAAAAUAUUGCUGAUAAUAUUUAUCGAGAUGCCAAAAGCACGAGUGAUGAUUCGAAUACCCGUGAGACUUCUCAAACACAUAACCCAGCAAUUGCUGCCGAAUUCGCAUCUCGUGUUGCCAAAAUGGCCAGCGAAGAUUCUAGUGUUAAUAGUAAUUCAUCAGCCGCCAGUGCCCAAUCAAAUCAUCAGCAAAGCAUAAAUACUGUAAAAUCACAGCCGAGUCUUACAAAAGAUUCAGUAAAUAUUCAGUGCAAUAAACUUUCUUCUGAGCCAACGCAGAUAAACACAAAUACUGUACAAGCUGCAUCACCAGAGUCAACGCAUUCAACGGCUCCGGUAGCCGUAGACUCAUCAGUUCCAGUUAAAAUGGAAUCUAAACCAACUAUGGCUCAAGUAGUUGACUCUAAACCACAGACUGAGGUACAGUCGGCAUCAUGUGUUGAAGGAACAUCUCCAGUGUCUGGUUCACCUAAAGAUGACAAUGUUAUUGUACAGCAACCACCAGCAGCGGCACUAUCAUCAACUCCAAGCUCUACGCCUGAGUCUGAGUUGAAAAAUACAAGUGCUGAAAACUCAUCACCUACGAAUAUUUCAAACGUUCCUCCAUUUUCAUCUUCAAACGUUAAAAAUUCAUCGAGUUCACCGCCACGACGAAAAAAUAACAAUCACGUUUCACAAAAUGUACAGCAACAAUUUCAAUCACAAUCAGCCGGUACUUGCUCAGUAGUUACAAAUAGUGGAUAUGCUGCCGAGACUGCCAAGGAUCCAAAGGACAAAAAAGCAUCAGAAAAAGCAUUUGUACCUAAAGUAGCAUCACAGGCGGCUGUACAGCACCAGACUGAUGUACCACAGCAGCAGCAACAUCAGCAAAAGGCUAAUGGAGAGAGAAUUGAAGACAAGAUUGACGUUGAAUCCGGAGGCAAAAUAGAUCUUCCACAAAAAUCAGCCGACGGUAAUAAAACAAUGCAGAAACAAAAGAAUAAGAAUAAAUUUAAAGGUCGCGAUAUUAAUCGCAAGGGUGCGGAAAAAGAGGGCACGGAUAUGGAUGCUUUUGUUAAUUCGACAUUGCAGUCAGCCGCUCCGGAAGUUGUUAAAUCACAAGAGCUGAUAGAGUCAUCGUCAUCCCCAUCAUCAAAGACGGCCAGUGUAAAUAUUGAACAAGCUCCCGCCAGAGAAACUUCAACAGAAGAAAAAGAAGUUUGUGAAGUUAAAAUCGAUGAUGCAGAUCACGAGACACAGCAGACUCAAGUUAAAUCACAGCCAGCUGACAAAAUUAUAACAAAUUCUAGUGAAUGUCCAGUUAAAGACGUUGACGGUGGUGAUGAUAAAAUUAUAGUGACACCAAACAAAAACACUCCGGACAAUGAAACGAUCAGCAAUGACAUGAUUAUUCAGGACAGUAACAAGUGUGCUAGUAUGAUGGACAAAAAGACAAAUGACGUUGUCGAUCAUUCUAAAGUUAUUGUCAAUGACACCGUUGGUAGUGCAGUAGAGGCUAUUGUUGCUCAGAAAAACGAAGAAAAUGCCAAGGUAUCAACUUUGGCCGGUCAAAAUUACGCUGUCAGUGAAGCUCCGGUUAUUGACAGUAACAAACAAAACGAGAACGAGCCCCCAAAUAAAAUUGAACCGCCAGCUAAACCCGCAGCACCAGUGCUCCGGUAUCAGUACAGUCCUAAUCAAUGGAGUCCGAAAAAUACUUCUGGCAAAAAGGAGUACGAUCGUGACUUUUUGAUGAAGUUGCAGGACGACCCGCGAAGUCGUAUCAAGCCCCCAAAUUUGCCAGACUUGGAUGUCGUUCUUAAAGAUUGCUCAAGGCAAACUUCCCGCAAUACAACGGUAGACUUAAGAAUGUUCAAAGACUCCAGGGCUCAUGAGCAAUUACUACCUGUAUUCAUGAAGUCCUCAUACAACCCCAAACCACCUUUAACCUCGAAGAAAAGCUACCAGGGAAAAUCCAAAUCGAGCAAACCUAAUAAUCUUAUUCACGUCACUUUGUCGCUACAUGAAGAUGUUAAAUUACGUGAGACUGAAAACGCAUGGAAGCCCGCCCGAUUGAAGAAAGACGGCGAAGCAAUAACUGAGGAUGAUAUUAAAACUCAGAGCUUGUACAAAAAAGUCCGAAGUGUAUUAAAUAAAUUGACACCUCAAAAAUUCGAAACCUUAGUCAAUCAAGUGCGUACACUUGAAAUUGAUUCAGAAGAAAAAUUGCAGGGCGUUAUUGAUUUAGUUUUUGAAAAAGCUAUUGACGAGCCAAAUUUUUCAGUCGCCUAUGCAUUGAUGUGUAAAGAAUUAGCCUUGAUAAAAGUUGCGUCAAGUCAAAAAAAAUCACCACAAGAGCCUGACAAUAAUGUUAACUUCCGUAAAUUACUUUUGACACGUUGUCAAAUGGAAUUUGAAAAAAAUACCGCCGAUGAAGCUGAGCGUUCGACUAAAGUUAAAGAAAUUGAAGAGUGUUCAGACCCCGACAAGAAAAAAGAUUUAGUGUUGGCUCUUCAGAAUAGUGAUCGUCUGAUGAGAAUGAAAUCUGUCGGUAACAUAAGAUUUAUUGGUGAACUUUAUAAGCAAGAAAUGCUCACUGCCAAUAUUAUGAAUAAAUGUAUUAAACAUUUAUUAGACAACAGUGAUGAAGACAAUAUAGAAUGUCUGUGUAAAUUAUUAACUACGAUCGGGAAAAUAUUUGAAUUGAAAGCUAACUUGUCUGGUUACUUCAAUAUCCUAUCAGAUCUUGCGUCAAACCACAAAGGCAACAGUAAAAUAAGUUCGCGUGUUAGGUUUAUGAUUCAAGACGUUAUUGAUUUGAGGCGUAACAAUUGGAUACCUCGCAGAGACGACAGUAAUCCAAAGACAAUGGAUCAAAUCCAAAAGGAAGCUGAGUCCGAGCGUAUUGACAUUCAAUUCAAUAAUAAUAUUUCGUUGAAUACGCCACGUAAAGAUGACCGCAAUGACAGAAGGAGAAGAGGAGCCGGAUCAAGUCUAGAUGACGGCGGCUGGCAGCCAGUAGGCAGCAAAGUCCGGCAAUCUUAUUCAGUAGAAGCUUCUAAAUUAAACACUAAGACUAUGCCAUUAACUGAAAUAACUCUGGGUAGUAGGAAUAACUAUGUGUGGAACUCCUCAUCGGCUGCUCCAGGAAAGCCAAUUACUCCAGUUACUCCUAACAAAUUUGCUAUUCUUGAAAGCAUGUCUUUAGAUCAAGACAAACGGCCGCCUAUACCAUUGUCCGGAUCGCGGUCGACAGGCCCAAGGGAGUACAGAUCAGAUUAUAAAACAUGGGGAGAUGGCUCACGAGGCUCACGAAACGGCAGCAGUCAUCAAAUGGGUAGUAGCAGCAGUAUCUCGUCAUCUUCUAGAGAAAGUUCGCUGCUAAUGGAAGGUGCACGAAGUCAGAGUAUAUCCAUGCCACCGCCAGCAAUGAAGAUGAAACCACCUACUAUUGCACCUGUGUCAUCAAAUACUGCAUCUGGUAGCAACAGUAGUAUUAAUAUUAGUAACAAAACUCCCAAGACGGAAGCACAGUUACUUACAGUCUUCAAAUCACUUAUCGAUGGAUGUAGUAUGGUGAAAAAUCAAGACGCAUUCAUUGUUGCGGCAAUGGAAACUAUCACUGACAACUUCGACAGCUCAUCAUAUCAACUUUUUGUUAGUGAAACUGUUAAUAAGGUGCUCGAGCGAUCGGCUGAAGUUCGCAGGCGGUACUCAGCCUUACUCUCACAUUUGAUAAAAGAAAAUAUUAUUCCACUGUCUCUAGUUCAAUCUGAAUAUGAAAAAGUAUUAGAGAUUGCAGACGACCUAGUCAUUGAUAUCCCCAAAAUUUGGGAAUAUAUCGCAGAAAUAUUAUUGGAAAUGUUGAUGUCUGGUGCACAUCCAUUUGCCGAGCUGAAGAAAACUUUAGCAGUGCUAAAGAACGCAGGAACGUGCAGCAGAACUCUAGGUGAACUUUUGUCUACGUUAGCGAAAGAAAAAGGACCCAAAUGGGUCGCUGAUAAUUGGGACCAAAGUGGACUACAGUGGAGCGAUUUGUUGGACUUGGAACGGGAAAAUCUCGAUGACAUGCUUAAUAAAUAUAAGUUAGAAUUUUUGACUAAAGGAUGCAGUAAUUUAUCCGAGAAGUUGACUUCUGGAGACAGCAACAUGUCUUACUCUGACAUUGGUGAUCAUCUCGUUAAAUUGAUGAAAGAAAGCAAUUUUGACAACAUCACGAGUUGGAUCACUCUAAACGUUGGUCAGCGAUUAAAAGAGCCGCUGUUUGUAAGAACUCUUACUACUUCUAUUCUCACCGUUUCCAUUGAAAAAAGUGUGAAGUCAUACAAACUUGUUCCUACAACGUUGAGCGGUUUGUUACCGUUGAUAAGACGAUAUGUUGACACUGAGCCACAGCUUGAGCUUCAAUGUCUCUUUGCGAUACAAUCGCAUCUUCACAAACUAGAUUUCCCACAGGGUGUCCUGAAUUCCGUGAUUGAGUCUUUGUGGGACGAAGACUUAAUAUCUGACGAUGCAUUCUUAGCAUGGCAAGAAUGUACAGAUCCAGCAGAAAUAGCACAGGGACACUCGGUAGCCGUAAAAAGUCUUACAUCAUUUUUUGUAAAUCUCCAAGAAAUACGGGAUGAAUCAAGCGAGGAAGCGUGAGAUAUACCCUCGGAUAUUUAUACCUUAACGAUAACUAUAUUAUUAGCUAAAAUACUAUUGCGUAUCGAUUAAAAAAAAACUAAAAAUAAUAAGUGAAAAUUUUUAAAGUUAUUUUUUUUAUUCGCGAUUCUCACAAGAGAUAUUGUUUUGAUAUAUUCGAUACUGAUAUAUUUCAAAGUAGACGAUUCUAAUAACAGUUUUAUUUCUUUUCUAAAUAAAUAAGUAAAUCAAUUAGUUAUUAUUUUAUUAUUAUUAUGAUUAUUAUUAUAAUUACAUAAUUAUUGUUUUUAAAAUUGUCACUGGAAUUGCUUCGGUAAUUUAUGCUCAUGUUUAUAAGAUGUUUGACAAAAGCAAUUAACUCUACUUUAUAAUUAAAUCUAUACAAGUUUAAAGUAUAUAUGUGAAAAAUAUAACACGUAUAAACAAUAUAACGUGACUUUUGCUGCAUUAAAAUAAAUCCGCAAUGAAUGAAAUUAAAAAAUCGAUAAUUAAGAACGGAAACAAAA